GCAACAGUCACUCCCCUGUCUGCCGAACAUCUCAUUUCCAAGUGACCUCCAUCUCUGCGUCGACUAUGUCAGCCAUGGAUAGCGAUGAUGAUGACCCCAAAACUUGCUAUGCAGACGAAUUAGUUAAAACGUUUAAGUUCUACCUGGAGAAAUCAGGAGAACAUGAGGCCAUUCUUGAGACCAUGCAGAAAGUCCUGCCUGAUGACUUUGAAAGGAUGGUCGAAGGAAAAAACAACCUGGACAUUCUGGGAAUUGGAAGCGGAGGAGGACAGGUGGACAUCCAGAUUCUGAAUCUCCUGCAGGAAUUCUGUCCAGGUGUUUCCCUCUCCAGUGACAUCGUGGAGGGCAGCAGUGAACUGGUUGACGACUUCAAAGAGCUGGUGAAGAACACCCCAAGCCUUAAGGAUGUGCCGUUCACCUGGCACGUCAUGCACAGCGAGGGGUACGUGAAGCGGGGACGAGCCAAGGCUCAGAAAGACAUCAAGAAAUUUGACUUCAUUCACAUGGUUCAGAUGAUCUACUAUGUGAAAAACCUUGAUGACUCUCUGCUGUUCUACCGACGCGCUCUGAAACCCAAUGGCAGAAUCAUGAUCAUCAUUGAAGCAGACGGGGGAGGCUGGGACACUCUGUGGACCACCUUCAAGAAGGAGCUCUUGGUGGGCCCGAACGAGGAGUACCGUUGCUCCAGAGACAUCGUGGCUUCUCUGAAGAAACAUGGGAUGGAAUUCGAAGAACACGACAUCCCUAACAGUUUCGAGGUCACAGAGUGCUUCGAUGGCAAUGACAGCACCGGAAAUUGUCUGCUCAACUACAUGACCAACAGAAAAAAUUUCCGAGAGGAAUUCAGCACUGACGUCAAAAAUGCGAUGUUGGAUGUCAUCCGCUAUAAGUGCAGCACCGAGAAAGACGGGAAGAUUUUCUUCAACAGUAGUUUGAAGAUGAUUGUGAUCUAUGCUAAAUGAGGGCAGGCCACGCGACGUAACUAAAUGCUCGGUGUUCAUGACGUAGCAUUUAGGCAAGGCCGAUGUCUCCAAGCACACAAUAAAUAAAAUGAUGACGAGA